UUAGGACUCGCAGUCAGUCAGCAGUGGACUCGGUUGCCGCAUGGCUACUGUGUAGACUUUCUUCACCAAUAAGUGGAAGCUGUCGGACAGUAGAAGCUGAGAAGAAGAAAAGUGACAGGAGAGACAGAGGGACACACGAGGAGGAGCCCGUCUAUGACUCCUGUUUAAAAAUCAGAGUGCGCUGGAGCCGAGAGUCGGCCAGACGACUAGUGCCAACGAGAGGAACAGCAGUCCGGAGGCAUGAUUUUGAGACGAGGCUCAGUGGUUGUUGCCUUUUUGCUCUGCUUCUUUGCGCAGGUGUCAGACGGGUCGGGACAAUUCGAAUUGCAGAUCUUAUCGAUGCACAAUGUGAACGGCGAGCUGCUCAGCGGCCUGUGCUGCGACGGCACGCGGAGCGCGGCGGACAGAAAGUGCACGCAGGACGAGUGCGACACCUUUUUUAAAGUUUGUCUGAAGGAAUACCAGUCGAGAGUUUCCGCCGCGGGGCCCUGCAGCUUCGGAAUGGGAUCUACGCCUGUCCUCGGAGGAAAUACAUUUUCUUUCAAGAGUUCUGUGCGGAAUGACAAAUCCAGGAUAGUUUUGCCCUUCAGCUUUGCCUGGCCGCGGUCCUAUACUUUGAUAGUGGAAGCCUUUGACUUCAACAAUGAAACCAGUGAUGGGAAGUUGAUAGAGAAAGCCUCUCAUUCGGGCAUGAUCAACCCCAGCCCCCAUUGGCAGAAGCUGACUCACAACGGCCCCGUAGGUCAGUUUGAGUACCAUAUCCGGGUCAGCUGUGAUGAGCACUACUAUGGUUUUGGCUGCAACAAGUUUUGUCGGCCCAGGGAUGAGUUCUUUGGGCACUACACCUGUGAUUUAAAUGGCAACAAGACAUGUCUGGAAGGCUGGUCAGGAUCUGACUGCAACACGGCUAUAUGCCGACAAGGCUGCAGCACUGAACAUGGAUCAUGUAAAGAGCCAGGUGGCUGCAAGUGUCUCUAUGGCUGGCAGGGCCAGUACUGUGACAAGUGCAUCCCUCAUCCCGGCUGUGUACAGGGUACCUGUAUAGAACCUUGGCAGUGCCUGUGUGACACCAACUGGGGCGGCCAUCUUUGCGAUAAAGACCUGAAUUACUGUGGCACUCAUCAGCCAUGCUUGAAUGGAGGGACAUGUAUCAACACAGGACCUGACAAGUACCAGUGUACCUGUGCUGACGGUUACUCCGGAGCCAACUGUGAGAGAGCGGAACACGCCUGUCUGUCCAAUCCGUGCGCCAACGGUGGGAGCUGUGCAGAAACAAGUCAAGGCUAUGAAUGUCAGUGUGCGCCAGGCUGGAGCGGCCCCUCCUGCACCAUCAAUGUCGAUGACUGUUCUCCAAACCCAUGCUACCAUGGCGGUACAUGCCAGGACCUGAUCAACGGCUACAAGUGUCACUGCCCUCCACAGUGGACCGGGAAGACUUGUUUGCUUGAUGCCAACGAAUGUGAAAGCAAGCCUUGUGUAAAUUCCAACUCGUGCCGCAACCUGAUUGGUGGAUACUUCUGCGAGUGCAUCCCUGGUUGGACGGGCCAGAACUGUGACAUCAAUAUAAACGACUGCAAGGACCAGUGCCAGAAUGGAGGGAGUUGUAAGGACUUGGUAAACGGCUAUCAGUGCCUAUGUCCACCCGGGUUUGCAGGUGAGCACUGUGAGCGGGACAUUGACGAGUGUGCCAAUGCGCCAUGUCUGAAUGGCGGGCGGUGUCAAGACGAAGUGAAUGGCUUCCAGUGUCUCUGUCUUGCUGGCUUCUCAGGGAAUCUCUGCCAGCUGGAUAUCGAUUACUGCUCGCCCAACCACUGUCAGAACGGAGCAUCCUGCUUCAACCUGGCCAUGGACUACUACUGCGCUUGUCCAGAGGAUUAUGAGGGUAAAAACUGCUCUCAUCUCAAGGACCAUUGUCGCACCACCACGUGUAAAGUGAUUGACAGCUGCACUGUCGCUGUUGCAUCCAACAGCACACCAGGAGGAGAGCGCUACAUUUCCUCAAACGUUUGUGGACCUCAUGGACGCUGUCGGAGCCAAGCUGGGGGUCAAUUCAGCUGUGAGUGCCAGGAGGGCUUCAGAGGCACUUACUGCCACGAGAAUAUCAACGACUGCGAGAGCAAUCCGUGCCGUAAUGGAGGCACUUGCAUCGAUAAAGUCAGUGUGUACCAGUGCAUCUGUGGCGACGGCUGGGAAGGGGAGCACUGUGAGAUCAACAUUGACGACUGCAGCACCAACCCCUGUCAUAACGGAGGGACGUGUCGAGACCUGGUGACUGAUUUCUUCUGCGAGUGCAAGAAUGGCUGGAAGGGAAAGACUUGCCACUCCCGGGAAAGCCAGUGCGAUGAGGCAACAUGCAACAAUGGAGGCACCUGCCAUGACGAGGGAGACACAUUCCAGUGCAAGUGUUCUCCCGGGUGGGAGGGCACAACGUGUAAUAUCGCAAAAAACUCGAGUUGUCUUCCAAACCCAUGUGAGAAUGGAGGAACAUGCGUCGUGACCGGAGAAUCUUUCACAUGCGUCUGCAAGGAAGGCUGGGAGGGUCCCACGUGCACACAGAACACCAACGACUGCAGCCCUCACCCAUGCUACAACAGUGGAACUUGUGUCGAUGGGGAUAACUGGUACCGAUGUGAGUGCGCCCCAGGCUUCGCUGGUCCAGACUGUCGGAUCAAUAUUAAUGAGUGUCAGUCAUCCCCAUGUGCAUUUGGUUCCACCUGUGUGGAUGAAAUCAAUGGAUAUCGCUGCCUGUGCCCACCAGACAGGACAGGACCCCACUGUCACGAAGUGCUGAGAAAACCUUGUUCUGUCAACGGACACAACACCCCUGAUGGACUCAAAUGGGAUGAAGAUUGCAACACUUGUCAGUGUUCCAAUGGAAAUGUUGUGUGUACAAAGAUGUUGUGUGGUCCUCUGUCCUGCCAUCUGGGUGCCAAAGGUCAUGGCGUGUGUCCUUCAGGCCUGAACUGUGUCCCUAUCAGGGAGGGUCACUGCUUUGUCAAGCCUUGUCAAGGCCUCGGAGAGUGCUGGCGCUCCAACCCUCCCCCACAGAUUACCAAAUGCCAUCCGAGCUCCAGUUUCCAGGACAACAGCUGCGCCAACAUUACCUUCACCUUCAACAAGGAGACCAUGCCUCGAAGCUUGACUGUGGAAGACGUCUGUAAGCAGCUGAGGCGCCUGUAUGUGGUGAAGAAUUUCUCCUUGGAGCAUUCUGUGUCUAUAACCUGUGACCCCUCAUUCUCAGCAAGCAAUGAAAUCCAUGUCUGCAUCGCGACAGAGGACCAUCGAUUGGACAGGAGCCCUAUUAAAGACAUUACAGAACGGAUAAUCGACCUGGUUAGUAAACGCAACGGGAACAACACCAUCAUCACGGCCAUCGCUGAGGUGCGCGUGCCAAGACCCAACAAACCCGACUACCUCGUGCCCCUCCUCAGCUCCAUAUUCAUCGGCAUCUGGCUCGUCGCGUUGAUCUUUAUCUUACUGUGGUGGUGCAUGCGCCGCCGGCGGAAACAGAGCAACCACAAUGGCACGUCAGCCCCCAGCUCAGAUGACAACACUACCAACAAUGUGCGGGAACAGCUGAAUCAGAUCAAGAACCCCAUAGAGAAGCACGUGGGCCUUACGGUGGCCAUCAAAGACUAUGAAAACAAGAACUCCAUCAUUGCCAAAAUAAGGACAAAUCAUCCCGAGGGGGAUGAAGACGACAAGGAGAGGCACUUACAGAAGGGCCGCUUCGCCAAACAACCGGCAUACACGCUGGUGGAGAGGGACGAGAAGACGCCCAUCUCUCAUCCCAACUCCACAUCCAGCAAACACCCUAAUUGGACUAAUAAACAGGAUAACAGAGACUUGGAGACGGCAAACAGCAUUAACAGAAUGGACUACAUUGUAUAGCUGACAGCUGCGUUGCUGUGCAACCAAGCCUUAUGUCUUCACACCCCGGUGGUGGGUGGAACAGGGGAACUCUGGCGUGUGUAGUUGGUAAACUGUCGUGUCAGCGUUGACCCCACAGUAUUUUCAGAUAUUCCCGGUGUUAAUUUAAGUUUUGACAAGCUGGCUUACACUGGCAGUGGCAGUUGCUUUGGAUGGCUGGAAAUACAAGGCACUGGUAUGCGUUUCACUGUAGAACUAGAUACAAAAGUGUCCUCUAUGCAUUUAAUUUGCCUUUGUUUAGUGGACAUGUGGAAGGGGCUUCUGAUGUAAUUGUUGUACAAUGACUAAAACUUCCAGACGUGUUCAACACUAGUUAAUUAUUUUAGUAUGCGUAUGAAUUCUUCCAGUUCUUGUUUGGAGAAAGUGCCUUUUCAGCUUUAGACUUGAGCAACUGUCAAAAUGAGAAAAAAGAUCAACUUUAUUAUUUAUUUUUUAUUUUGUUUGGGGGUGGGGGGGGGGGGGUGGGAUAGGCUCAGUGUCAGCAGUUGCUGCCAAUAUGAAGAAUUUGUCAGUUUAGAAAAUGUAGAUAUGUACAUUUUUUUAAUUAAUCAUUGUGUAUAUUUGAUUUAUUAAAUUAAUAAUCAAGAGCCUUAAGAUAUCAUUCCUUUUUAUUUAUGUUCUGUCUAGUUUGAAGGUUUUGAUAGCUGUGGAAGCUUACAGUUUCUUUCACUUUAUUAUUUUUCCAAUGAAACCUAUUGUAAAAGAGAAAUUUCAAAGACGACAAAAGCGUGGCACUAUUUGGCCUGAAAUCCUUUUUUUGUUCGUUGUUUGACACUUCAUCUUGUUGCCAGGAGCUUGAUUGGUUAGGACAAAACAUGGCUGAGUAGGACAGGCGUAGUGGCAGACAUGUUGUUUGCCACUCUUGGAUUUAAGGCAGGGGUAUUCAAUUCGUUCCAGAAAGGACCGAGAGGGUGCAGGUUCUCUUUUCAACAACCCACUCCACCAGGUGAUUUCGCUGAUUAACGUCACCUUGAGAAGAUGGAACUAGUUAAUCAGUGAAAUCACCUGGUGGAGUGGGUUGUUGAAAAGAGAACCUGCACCCUCUCGGUCCUUUCUGGAACGAGUUGAAUACCACCGAUUUGAGAACAAAAUCCUUUAGCAGUUUCAGUUUUCCCCCACAGAUGUCUAUCAAACUCCACUAAAUCUAUAAAGCGAGUGGCAUCAGUGACACCAGAAUUCCCAUCUGCUUUAUCAGCUAAAUAUCAUAAGCUAGACCAUGAGUACUUGAAUGGCAGGGGGGCAAUGGGAACACUGCAGAAUUAUUGGAUAAAUAACACUGCCUUGCUCUGCAAGAGUCUGCUGUGUUUCUGUGCACAUCUUUUUUUUUUUUUUUUUAAAUGAGGCUCUUAAAAGACAAACAUGUUAUCAUUUGCUAACCCUUGGAGAUCACGCCAACAUUUUGUUCUACUUUGACUUGUUAUGAACUUGAGAACUAUGUGUUGAUCUGGCAAUAUAUUUUUGAAAGUCAUAUUUAUUAAAUAUUUUCUAC